CUUCACUGUCCAAAAUCAUUGCAAAUCUUGAUCUCAUUCACCUUGUAACACACCUCUCCGUGUUAUGAUUCUAGUCACCUGCUUUCUUCUCAGCUCCCCUCCUCAUUCUCUCGCUCUUCCCGUCGACCUCGAAACCUUCCCCUCACCUUUCCUCUUGUCUUGAAUCAACAACAACUCCUCCAUGCACGAACAAGCCAUCUGCCAGUCACUGGUGUAGUAGAAAGCCUUUCACAACCAUCAUCUUCGAUACCCUUGGCGUAUCGCGCUCGACACGUCCCGCCUGCGAGAUGGUCUUUCUGCGACUCGGAGUUAAAAUCUUUGCCCGCGAGCCGCUGUCCGGCUAUGCUCGCGGAAAGCAUGAAUUCCGAGAUCGUGAGCUGGACAGUUACUUGAUGGUACUCGAAAACCCGGAGGAAAUCAAUCUGGGUGAAUUGGCACAAAGGAUUCGCAAUAAAUGGAAGAAGCGAAGACCAGAAGCUGAGCCUAUUGAAAUAAAAAAGCUGCUCGACGACGCGAACGAUAAUUACGACCUCGAUGCUGAGUUGACCGUGGCUGAGGUUUUUGUCAAUCAAGGCAAGGCUCGCCAGGAUGCCUCGGAUCAGCGCGCCACAGUGCGUGUUAUAACCAAACCGAGCCAGCACAUGCCUGAGCGAUUGCCCUCCGUCACUCAUGACUGGGAUGCCCUUGCGGCAGACGCUGAGCGCAUCAGGAAGGAAAACAUUCGGAUUAAGAAGGAGAACAUACGGCAGGAGAUGAGCCGGUUUCCGACGAUUGAGGAAGACCCGGGAGAUGUCUUCAUGGCUGACUCGAGUAAUAAUCACGCGACCUCUUCAGCUUGGAGUGAUCAUGGAUUGUUAUCGCGUGCGAGCGAUAUCCCUGUCUCCUCCGUGGAGACUAAUGAGAUUCAUCUGGCAUCUCCGCACUCGACUAAGAAGGCAAUCACGCAAGUAGAUCACACACAUUCCGUCGUGCCAACCACUCCGCGCAAGAGAGCGGAAAGCCAGGAACUCGGUGAUUUGCACGGUAGCUCGAGCGCUUCGAAUGGACGCCCCGCGGCCGUACGCAGCAGCUCGAGACAAGUGAAUGCGCCGCAGCCUAUCGCUGAGGAAGGACUGAAUCUCAUGCAUGACUCACCGCAACGCAUGAAGGCGGAGCAAAAUGGCUACAAGGCAAGAGAAGUCGUGGAAGUCAUUGACGAGAGUGAACAUGAGCAUAUCGAUGAAGUUGUGACUCAGCCAGAAGGAAUAACCAUCGCGAUCGAGGCUGAGACUCAAGUAGCGCCGAUGGAGAAGCCCUCUGUCUUGACACCUGUCAAGAUCAAUGAAUUGAAUGCCAACGGCGUCGUUAGUACAAAUGGCGACAUUGAACAAUCCGGUGGAUUGCGCAAGCGCAAGCUGAGCCCCGAAAGCCCGAAGCCAAACAAAGAGCCGCGACGAGAGGAGCCCAAAAUUCUACCGGCGAUGGAGGAGGACGACGAUGUAGUAAUGUUGACCCAAGCCGAACUCAGUCCGUCGACGCCACGCCGCCGCGAUCGCCUCCCGAGUUCCUCUGGUACAGGUCGGCGCCUAAGCUUCGCGGAGUGCUCGCCCCGAGCGCCACCUAAAGCUGGCCUUGGGCUCGGCAUCUCAAGUAGCCCUUCCGGCAAGCCAUCAGCAACGCGCUUUGUCCCGUCUGGAUCGCCGUCGCGUACUCAGAGAACCCCAAUUAAGCCUACAACACCAGCCAAACCGGAGCAUCUGACUUUGGGCAAAGACGAAUCCGCUCACGAAUUGCCCAAAUGUCGCUCAGUCUCGUUCGCCGAUGAAUCUGAUCUGAUUGUGACUAAGUCUGGACCAGCACCAGCGUCAGCCCAGAAAGAAUCGAGCAAUGGCAUUGUCAAGAAAAAGGAUGCGGACCGUGGAAUCAAAGCUUCCGAGAAACCUCCUGCGAUAGCGGUGUCUACUUCAAAGGAGAACCCCAAGCAAUCUUCUGGCCCAGUGACAUUCGACGAAGCCGACGCCAAACGCUGGGUGACCGAGGCGCGCCAGACGCUCGAAAAAGCCACCAAGCAGCGCUGUGAGCACAACGGCAUUCGCCUGCUCAAGACAGCUAUAGAAACCUGGGACGCCCUUGAGAAGUCCGGCAAACGCAAGCCUAACACGUCCGCUAAGAAAGCCCAACAGAACAGGUUCCGGGAUCUGCGCCAGCAAGUCGAUAACUUGGGGCCGCUCAAAAGUCUGCUCACGACACCUUCCAAGGCCAAGCCAAUUCAGCCAGUCAACCAAGCUGACAAACUACGAUCGACACCACUCGGCUCUCACAGCGCAACAAAGCCGAACAGUGCAGCGAUCAUAUCCCCAGCGCAAGGAGAUUCCGCCCAACGAGUCUCGCAGCUUGCGCAAACGGCUCUAUCGCGUGCUUUGCUUGGAAAACCGAGUCCAGCCACAGCGAAGCUCGACUUGACCGCAUCUAGUUCGGAAUCGGAGUCAGAAUCGGAUUCGAACUCAAGCUCAAGCUCGGAAUCGGAAGAGGAAGAGGAAGAGGAGGAGGAUACUCCGCCACCUUCAAAACAAACCGUCUCGCAGAUAUCCAAUAUGCCAUCGCCUAUUAAGUUCCCGUCUACAACUCUCUCAUGGUCCCACGCCCGUGGGGUGCCUCAAGCGACCCGUUGCUCGCUGAAAGAGCUCAAGGAGAGACGCAAGCAGGAACUAGAAGAAGAGAAGAAGAGCCGCGAGAGGGAGGCCAUAAAGACCCUUCAGUCGAAGACAGCUGUGAUACCCGGCGCCGGGGAGGAUAGUGAGAGCGACGAUGACAGCGAGAGCGAGAGUGAAAGCGAAAGCGAAAGCGAGAGCGACAGUGAUUGA